UUACUCUCGUGUCCAUGGUAAAUACCUACCUUAAAACAAGAAGUAAAAACGUUAGAAUAGGAUUAAAUACAGGAAAAUUUAGUACGAAAAGGGGUGCGGCAGGUUAAAAAAAUUGUUUUUUUACCGAACCUAAUACCGUGCACUACUUGAUACUGAGUGUAUUCGGGAAAGCAGAAUCUAUACUUGACUGAGUGAAGACCUGAAUUUAUCUUGUGAUUUGGUUUAAGAAAUAAUAACAGUGACCUCAGAUAUGCCAGUGUUGUUCGAUCGCCAAGAAAAAUAAAACGAUCCUGUGGCCUUUGCAACACAAGGCCAAUAGGAGGACAGCGAGCAUGUGAAAACAGUUGUGGAUGACAUGGUGAGAAAGGAAGAAAGAUAGGAAAGAAGGAAAGAAAGAAAGGUAGAGAGGAAAAGGGAAAGAAAAGAAGAAAGACAGAGGGAAAGAAAAAAAGUAAGAAAUAAAGAGGAAAGGAGAGUCAGAGAAAGAAACGAACGAAGAAACGAGGGAAGGAGAAAAGAAAGAAAGAAAGAAAUAAAAAAGGUGAACGUAUAAAGUAUAAACACAAUAGGGGCAAAUAUCAAUAUAUCAAGCACUGACCAGAAGACGCGAGCGAAGUCAGUUUCAAUUAAACGCAAUAGGAAUAAGAAUUACGCUGCACUAACAGUGUUCUCCCCUCAGUGUUGGUGCAAGACACUUUGUUAACUUCAUAUGUAAAGGAAUUAAAGGAAUUUAACUAGCUGCUUAAACGGAUAAGUAAAUAGAUUUGCCUUGAAAAUGUCCAUGAAUGUAGGAGACAGCACAGAUCUAAUCAAUGGAGGUCUCAUCUGCAGAGGCGGUGGAUUUACGGUGUUCUGGCGUUCCCGGACGGGCUUCGAGAGAAAGCUGCUGCUGGUGCUGACGGUCUUGACGCUCGCUGUGAUCGGGCUGGUCGUGGCGGUUGCGGUUCUGGCCUCGGAAGAAGCCAAGUGUAGGUCCUUUUAUGGCGACGUGUUUACAUCAGAACAAAGAACGCUGCCGGUAAAGAUUUCAUCUCUUGGGAGUAGCAGUGAUCAAGAUUUCCUCGACUCCAGUGAACUUCCAGAUAUCACUGCUGCGUCAGUUAAAUCUGUCGUGAAAGAUGUACGUUGGCGUUGAUUGUAUUUGGUUAAAGAUUUUGAGUAAUGAUGCUGGUAAAGGUAAAGGUCCAGCAGUAAUGUGGAGUGGAUAUUGAUGGUAUUGCUUAUGAUAAGAUAAAAGGUUACAUAUGAUGAGAUAAAAGGUGAAAAAAAAACUGUUAAAGAUGCAAUAAUAUGAUUAUAAGAAUAUGUGUUACUGAUAACAACAUUAACUAUAAAGAUAAUGAUAAUAGUAAUAAUAAUACUAAUAAUGAUAAUAGUAAUAAUUACAUAAUUAUCAUACUUGGCAGGUUGGUGAUGAUUGGCUGGAUUGCCCGAACAAAAAGUUCUUGGAUUUCGUCCAACAUAUCAAAAUAAAUCUGUAUAUAAAUAGAUAUAGAAUAUAUAGUAUAUAAAUAGAAUAGAUCAAACAUGCAUGAAUUACCAAUCUGCCAAAUGCAUCAUUGCUUCACCAAAAAUAUGAUUACAAUAACAAUGGCAACAGAAUUCUGUCUGUUAUGACUAUCAUUGAUAUUGCAAUUAUUUUCCGAUUUUACUGCUAUUACCCCCACUGCCACUACUAAUAUAAUCCCAGUACAACUGCCACCACUUCUGAUGAAACUUUCGUGAAAAAAGACAGAAAAAUGACAGCUGAGAAAAAAUUACAUUUAAGAGAAAUGACCAUAAGAAAGGUCUUAUAUAAGCAUGUAAACUCUACGGCGGGUGCUGGCUUCCAUACAACCACUUGUCACUGAAAAAAAGAAAGAAA